AUGGCUGCCCGAACUCGGAUAGCAGAUUCAGGGGGAGGGGCCCGCAGCCGGGAAACUAAGACUAAACCUAAGUCUGGAAACGGGGCGCAGUCUCGCAAUAAUGAGACGCAAUCAUCUUCUAAGAAUUUCUUGGUGUUUCUUUUAACCGCUCUGGUCGUUAGUAUACCACUCAUGCUCUUGUGGUAUCAGCACGUCCUCAGAUCUGCAGUGAAGACUCCUCUUAGUGCUCCUCUCACCAUCGCAAACGAUGCCAGUUCCGCCGCCAACAGUCCCGGGCGAUUUUGGGGCACCUACCGCCCCGGCGUCUACUUUGGCUUAAAAACACGCUCUCCGAAAUCACCUGUUGCGGGACUAAUGUGGUUCCAACAACCUACCUCGCCUAGUCAAAAUCCAGAUCUCAAAUUCAGGCAUACAUGUGAACAAGGGGAUGGGUUGGACAAGUAUGGCUGGCUUGAACAUGAUGGAGUCAAUUUUGGAAUUCAAGAUAUUUUUGAUGGUCCACUCCAAAUCAAAACUGCUUUUGCCAAAAGUGGAGGUGGUGCCCAUGGAGGAGACUGGUCAGCUUCUAUUUCUGCCCGAUACAAAGAUGGAGUAGACGCUGCAAAGGAGAAGAGUACGUUGAGUCUCCUGUUCUACUUUGCUCUGGAUGGUCAGGGAUCCAUUGAACCAAUCUUGAAUGGAAACCAAUUGCAGGGCAUCAAGGGUACCACUGAAGAACUUGGGAAGUUUGUCCUUCGAUUCCCGCAAUCAACCAAGGUCAAGAUGAACAACUACCUGGUGUCCUACACACCGGGGCUCCACGCCAUCAAGGACCUCGUUACGCGUCGGUUCAAGUAUCACAAGAAGAAGACCCAGCUUCUUGGCCUGGUUGGGAAUGAUCAGCAAACGAUUAAAGCGUCACCUGACAAGACAGCUAACAUCAUCGUGUAUCAGGUGACCGUGGCACCUCCAUAUAUCAUGGAUGUUGUGUUCGAGUCUGGAAGCAAAACGAACAGGGGGAAGGAGCUUGCCGGUUCAGAGCUGACAAGUCUCGUGCAGAGUUACAGCGACGAUUUCAACAAGCUGUUUGAAGAGAAGUUUAGUUUGACUGGGAAAGGGUACGGACCUACUGAAGUUGCCUUUGCCAAAGCAACGAUGAGUAACAUGAUAGGAGGUAUCGGAUAUUUCUAUGGGAGUUCAAUUGUGAAAUCAAAGCAUAAUACAGAACCUGUGGCUUACUGGGAAGCUCCUCUCUACACUGCAGUGCCUUCCAGGUCUUUCUUUCCUCGAGGUUUUCUCUGGGAUGAAGGGUUUCACAAUCUCUUGAUUAGCAAGUGGAAUCCAUACAUCAGCAUUGACAUCAUAGGCCACUGGCUUGAUUUGAUGAAUGCAGAUGGUUGGAUACCUAGAGAGCAGAUUCUGGACUCCGAGGCCAGGAGUAAAGUGCCUGCCGAGUUUGUAGUGCAGCAUGAUACAAAUGCUAAUCCUCCUACAUUUUUUCUUCCCCUCCAGUCAUUAUUAAGAGAUGGAUCAUCCGUCAUCCCCAAAAAAGAGUUUGUCUCAUUCCUGAAGCAUAUCUACCCCAGGCUAGAUAAAUGGUACCAAUGGUUCAACACAACCCAGUAUGGUCCUGUCCCAACAUCCUAUCGUUGGAGGGGUCGUGAAAGCAAGACGAAUCGUGAGUUAAAUCCCAAGACACUGACCUCCGGAUUUGACGAUUACCCUCGAGCCUCGCACCCUUCAAAUGAAGAACGGCACAUUGACCUGCGUUGCUGGAUGGCAUUGGCUUCAAGCGUGAUGGUUGAGAUUGGCAAGACCAUUGGUUUACCCUAUGCUCAGUACGAGCACACCUUGCAGCUCCUUACUAACAAUGCCCUCCUAGAUAAGCUCCAUUGGUCCCCGAAGGCUAAGAUGUUCAGUGACUUCGGGAACCAUACGACCCGAGUUGUCUUAGAGCGCCCCCAUCCACCACCCCGUCAACCAGGUCAACCACCAGCUCAGCAGAUGGAGAUGGUCCGUGUUGUCAAAUCCAAAGUCGGACCCACCAACAAGUACGUUAACUCGUUUGGGUACGUCAGCCUCUUCCCAUUCCUUCUUCAGAUUCUGGACCCCAACUCUGACAGACUCGGGAAGACUCUCACCGACAUGAAAAACCCAGAUAUGCUGUGGACCAAUUAUGGUCUUCGGUCCUUAUCAAAGAGCGAUCCCUUGUACAUGAAACACAACACAGAACACGAUGCACCAUACUGGCGCGGAGCCGUGUGGAUCAACGUCAAUUACCUAGCUGUGCGUGCCUUGCAUCAUUAUGCCAAUGUACCUGGUCCGUAUGCCGCUACAGCUAAAGAGAUGUACAGUGAACUCAGGGCAAACAUCAUCAAUAAUAUCAUAAAGCAAUAUAAUAGGUCAGGAUAUGUGUGGGAGAAUUACAAUGAUAUAUCUGGGAAAGGGCAAGGGUGUCACCCAUUCACUGGUUGGUCAGCUCUUGUUGUUUUAAUGAUGUCCGAAUCAUACUAGACAAUUGGUAAUAAUAUUGUUGGAAUAUUUGCUUUCUAAAUUUCUGAAAUGAUCAUUUCCAGAUCUUUAUUUGUGUCUUGAUUUUAUUCAUUUCUAAAUCAAAAUCAUGUUAUUGAAUUUGAAUUCAUCAUAUGAUGUGAUCUUUUUAAUCAUGAUACUUGCCCAAACUGUUCUCUGCAUGGUAAUAAGAAAUGACUGAUGACUGAUGAGAGCAAGAACGGCAUUAACUAUGUGAGUUAACGCUUUUCUUGCUCCAAACAGACAAUACCGGUAUGUGUGUUGUAUUAGUGGGUUGUACUAGUACAUCUUAGGUCCAGUUUGAAGAUAGCAUUAUUUUCUCUUUUGUUUGGAAUUUAAUAUAUCGAAGUUUACUUUUUCAUUGUAUAAGAUGAAUUCUGGAUACAUGCACUAGUUACUUGUUACUAGUAGCACAUCAAAGUAG